AUGCCAUCUUCUCGAGACUCGUGGAUAUACUCGUUCCCAGGUUCACAAUAUGUACAACAUCUAGGCAAAGAGGCUAUGGCCAAUAUUCUAAAAGCAGGCCGUGUGCCACGGCAUAUAGCUUUUGUGAUGGAUGGCAACAGGCGUUACGCAAAACUACACAACCAAGAAACACGAGAAGGUCACAAUGCUGGAUUCGAAAGUUUGUCACAGAUCUUAGAACUAUGUUAUAACCUAGGAGUCGAAUGUGUCACAAUCUUUGCAUUUUCCAUUGAAAAUUUUAAACGAUCACCUUACGAAGUUAACAACCUUAUGGAACUUACAAAAGCUCGUCUCGAACAAAUCUGCGAACGAGGCGAUCUAGCAGAGCAAUAUGGAAUCCGUGUCAAGAUUUUGGGAGAUACAAAACUUUUACGACCAGAUGUGCUCGAAGUUAUCGAACGAACAACAAAAAUUACAGAAAACAAUUCAAAAGCUGUACUUAAUGUCUGCUUCCCAUACACAGCAAGAAACGAUAUAGCCAUGGCCGUUCAACGGACCGUGAGCCUUGCAGAGCGUGGUAAGCUCGAUCCUAAUGAUAUCUCUGAGGAAACUCUCGAAGAUAAUAUGUACAUGGCAGGAACACCUAAACUUGAUAUUUUAGUGCGUACCAGUGGUGUUGCGCGACUAAGUGACUUUAUGCUGUGGCAGGCUCAUGAAAGCGGGACAAUGAUUGAUUUUAUACCGACGUUAUGGCCAGAGUUUAGUCCGUGGGAUAUGUUUUGGAUUAUCAUCAAAUGGGGAUACAUGUAUAACCAAUACCACAAACAAUAA